AGGCGUCAUGGAAGCGUGCAUUUGCUUGAUGCGAGCGUUUUUGCUGAGCCGUCAAGGAGGGUAUAAAAACGUGCGCUGCCCACAUUUCAGGUGAUACCAACACACUUCCAUUGACCUAUACUUUGCUUGCAGCUUUCGAGACGAUACAAAAUUGUCUUCGUGUUAGUGUAGCUUGACCAUGACUCCGCCAACCAAGCAGGAUACCAUGGCAGCUCGGCACCUGACGUUCUUGGUGUUCGGCGCGACGGGUGGGACUGGCAAGCAUUUCGUCUCGCAAGCUCUCCAAGAUGGUCACAAAGUGAGGGCUCUGGUAAGAACGCCAUCCAAACUCCCACCAGGCAACGCCAACCUUGAAGUGCGCCAAGGCUCGAUCACGGACUUGACCGACACCGAUAUCGAUGGCCUAGUCAAGGAUGCCGACUACGUUGUUUCUAUGCUAGGCGACGUCAACUUGCAAAAGCAGGCCAAAAUCAACACAGCUUUCGUGAAGAAGCUGGUCCCGUCCAUGCGGCGACAGGGUGUGAAACGCUUCCUCUAUCAAGCCGGAGGCUUGAGCAAGCCUUACGGAGGCCAGCUAUCACCUCUGCUCUGGACGAUCCGAUACACCAUCGCUCGCGGCUAUGCUGGUCAACACGAAGACAAUGAGGCCGUGAUGGAGUACUUAGCGACAGAGGCUAACGAUAUAGAAUGGAUCGUUCACCGUGCUGGAAUUGGAGGGGACGGACCUUCGAAGGGCGAACUGAAUCGCUCAAAGACGAAUUGGAGUGUGGCAACGUUCCGGGACUGCGCGGCGUACACGUAUCGAACCAUCUCAGAUGCUUCCGCCGUGCAUACAGCUGACUUUAGCUGUUAUGGCACAGCUUAGGCUGCGGUCGGCAAUGUCAGACACUCCGCUAGGUCAUUUCACUUGGGAUCAGCAUCAAUCUGACAGGGUGGUACCGCUGCGCGGUGACGAUCGCUGAAUGUGUCAAGAACAAAAGCGGGAAGUAGUGAUGGAUCUUUCUCCACCAACCGCGCGAGGUCAGUCGGAGGAGUUACGCUUUCAUACAGGGGUAGCGAUCCAUAAUGCGUACAAAUUCCUCAGGUUCAUGAAGUGUUCGCAUUCGCAUUGUUGUGUGACCGGUCGGU